AUGGCAAGAGGAGCGACUUGGGAUAUAUCGCUCGAGCGAAGAAUCGGCCAGGCAAUUGGACUGGAAGCAAAGGCUCAGGGGGCCAACUUCUUCGCUGGAGUCUGUGUCAACCUGCCUCGUCACCCUGCCUGGGGCCGAAUCCAGGAAACAUAUAGCGAGGACCCUCUGCUACUGGGUGACUUCGGGUUAGCUCUGACACAAGGCGUGCAGGAGCAUGUCAUGGCAUGUGUCAAACAUUAUGCCCUGAACUCGAUGGAGAACGCACGAUUCCGAGUCGAUGUUAAGAUUGACGAGGAUGUGCUGCACGAGGUUUUCCUUGCCCAUUUCCGGAAGAUCAUCGAGGGUGGAGCCGCGUCCGUGAUGUCAUCCUAUAAUUCGGUCAAUGGCGAAUGGGCUGGACAGAACCAUGAUCUUUUAACAGACAUUCUUCGUGAGAAAUGGGGGUUUGACGGAUUUGUGAUGUCUGAUUUCAUGUUCGGUUUGCGAGAUUCGGCGAAAUCCGUCAAGAAUGGUCUGGACAUCGAAGCACCUUUCCGUCAGCAGAGAGCUAUGCGCCUUGAGAAUGCCCUUGGUGCAGGCGAGCUAGAUUGGUCUCAUGUGGAUCGAUCGUGCGAGAGAAUCUUACGCAAGCAACUCGAAUUCACUCUUCGCACCGCAGAAAGCCAGCCAGAUCGAUCCGUCGUAUUUUGCGAGGAACACAGAGCACUGUCGCGUGAGGCAGCGGCUCGCUCGAUGGUCCUUCUAAAGAAUGAGGUUGUUGAUGGCCAACGUAACCUCCCCUUGAAAACCGAGUCUAUAUCAAAGAUUGCCGUCGUCGGCCGGUUGGCGAAUAUUGCCAACACCGGUGACAAGGGGUCUUCGCAAACAUUCUCGCCUCAUGUCGUUACUCCACUCGAAGGAGUACGAAAGGCUUUUCCAGAUGCUGAGGUCACCCAUGCCGUUUCCUUAGAGGAAGCAAAACACGUUGCUUCUCAGGCUGACAUCGUCAUCUGUGUGGUGGGAUUCGACCAUGAAGAUGAAGGCGAAUAUUGCAUUCCAGCUCUGAGGGAAAACCCGAGCCUCCGAACAGUAUUCCCUCCGACCAACGGCCCUGAAGAUGAGCGAAUAAAAAAAAUGUAUGAAAAGGAAGGGGACGACCAGGGAACUGGAAUGACGACCGGUGUCGGUGGCGACCGUAAAUCUUUGCGGCUUCGCCCAUCUGAAGAAGAACUCAUUAAGGAGGUGACGAAGAGUAACCCUCGAACGAUUGUGUCGGUUAUUGCCGCUGGAACAGUGAUGAUGGAGUCAUGGAGAGAAGUUCCUCCGUCUAUAUUGCUCAGCUGGUAUAGUGGAUGUGAAGGUGGACACGCACUAGCAGAUGUUCUGCAGGGCAAGAUAGAUGCUAGUGGUCGAUUGCCAUUCGCCAUCCCCACAGACGAAGCCCAUCUACCUUUCUUCGAUCGGGACGCAUCCGAGAUUCGCUAUGAUCGCUGGUUUGGACAGCAUCUCCUAGACAAGCUUGAGGUCUCUUCUGCAUUCCCAUUCGGAUUCGGACUCUCCUACACCGAGUUUAGUAUACAGGAUGUCACAUGUGAGAGGAAAGCAGACAACGGGGAGGAGUUUGAAGUCCUACUUCAAGUGAAAAACCUAGGAAACGUACAGGGACGAUUUGUCGCGCAAGUAUACGGUCUUCCUGGCGUCCCAGACCUCCCUGCCCGCAUUUUGCUUGGCUUUGCUCCCAAAGAUAUCAAUCCAGCUGAGCAGGUAAUUGUACGGGUGACUGCAUCUUUGCGUCCUCUCCAGAAAUGGGUCGCCGGUAGAUUCGUUCUCCCCAAAGGCAAGGUCGCAAUCGAGGUCGGGCAGUUUUCUGGCGACAAACUGGGGGGAAAGACUGACUUGAUCCUGAACUGA